CUUUCUUUUCCGGGGUGCCUCUGUGGGUGUUUCCGUCUUUUUCAACUGCUACUGCGUAUGUUUCAAGAAGACUGAGAGGCAGAGCUGCUAAAACCCUGAAAAUGGCGGCGACAGUAAAAGAGGGAGACAACACAGAGGCGGAGCAGAUAGUGAACCCAUGGGAAGUUGCUUCUUCCCGGGGGAAGAUUGACUACGACAAGCUCAUCGACAAAUUUGGUUGUCAGAGGCUCGACAAGUCUUUAAUCGACCGUGUCGAGCGCCUCACUGGCCGUCCUCCCCAUGUUUUUCUCCGCCGCUCCGUCUUUUUCGCUCACCGGGACUUGAAUGAUAUAUUGGAUGCGUAUGAGAAAGGGGACAAGUUUUAUCUGUAUACGGGGAGAGGACCGUCGUCCGAGGCUCUGCAUCUCGGUCAUCUUAUUCCGUUUAUGUUUACCAAAUAUUUGCAGGAUGCUUUUAAGGUUCCUCUUGUGAUACAGCUGACUGAUGAUGAGAAGUGCAUGUGGAAAAAUUUGACAGUAGAGGAGAGCCAAAGAUUGGCUCGGGAAAAUGCUAAAGACAUCAUAGCAUGUGGCUUUGACAUCUCAAAGACCUUUAUCUUCUCGGAUUUUGAUUAUGUUGGCGGUGCAUUUUACAAGAACAUGGUGAAGGUUUCAAAAUGUGUAACAUAUAACAAGGUUGUAGGUAUCUUUGGCUUCACCGGGGAGGAUCAUAUUGGGAAAAUAAGUUUUCCGCCUGUUCAGGCAGUUCCGUCAUUUCCGAGCUCCUUUCCGCACCUUUUCCCUGGUAAAGACAGUCUUCGCUGCUUAAUUCCAUGCGCAAUCGACCAGGAUCCUUAUUUCAGAAUGACACGUGAUGUUGCUCCCCGUUUAGGUUAUCAAAAGCCUGCAUUGAUUGAAUCAACGUUUUUCCCUGCUCUUCAGGGAGAAACGGGAAAAAUGUCAGCAAGUGAUCCAAAUUCAGCUAUAUAUGUGACCGACUCUGGAAAGGACAUUAAGAACAAGAUAAACAAAUAUGCGUUCUCUGGUGGGCAAGAUUCUAUAGAAAAUCACAGGAAGUAUGGAGCCAAUCUUGAGGUUGAUAUUCCAGUUAAAUACCUUGGAUUUUUCCUAGACGAUGAUGCUGAACUCGAGCAUAUUAGGACGGAGUAUGGUGCUGGGCGGAUGCUCACUGGGGAAGUAAAAAAGCGACUCACUGAGGUUCUUACUGAUAUAGUUGAAAGGCAUCGCAGGGCUCGUGCAGCGGUUACUGAUGAGAUGGUCGACGCAUUUAUGGCAGUAAGACCUCUUCCAAAUAUGUUCAGCUGAAAACUACAGAUUGAAUAUGCUUGCCUUUACCUGUGAAUCAAAUCAUGGUUUUCUCCUAGCAGAACUUCUGUGAGCUUUCUCCAUUCAUUUAUUUGGGGUUCGGCAUGAAGUUCAAUUGCUAUCUACUUGAAGACAGUAUUUUGUUUUUUGUAUAUUAGGACAGAAUUUACACUUGAAACAUGGCUGAGAUGCAAUGUACACCAUAUUACAAUUUUUUUAAAACAUGUUAUUGUUAUUAUACACUAAUAUAUACAAUUGACCUGUUUCAUGGAA